GCCCCCAAUGGAGAAAAAUCGGUUACCGAAAAGGAGCCGGCAAAAGCGUAGACGUGGAUUUCAGAGCAGCGGAAGUAGUCAGAUUUCACUUAGAGCCGUAAAGCGCGGAUGGCUCGGUCACCUUCCGGAUAACGACACCUGCUCAGACUGUCAGUGCCGGCCUUCCUCGUGUAAAGGGAUUCUGCCGGACCUUUGCUAAUUCAAUUUCUUUCCCUUUCCGGGCCCUUCCCCAUCGUCGCCCCCUUCACCUUGGAUCAUGUUCAAGAAAUUUGAUGAAAAAGAAAAUGUGUCCAACUGUAUCCAGCUGAAAACCUCAGUUAUUAAGGGUAUUAAGAACCAAUUGAUAGAGCAGUUUCCAGGUAUUGAGCCAUGGCUUAAUCAAAUCAUGCCUAAGAAAGAUCCUGUCAAAAUUGUUCGAUGCCAUGAACAUAUAGAAAUCCUAACAGUAAAUGGAGAAUUACUGUUUUUUAGACAAAGAGAAGGGCCUUUUUAUCCAACCCUAAGGUUACUUCACAAAUAUCCCUUUAUCCUGCCACACCAGCAGGUUGACAAAGGAGCCAUCAAGUUUGUACUCAGUGGAGCAAAUAUCAUGUGUCCAGGCUUAACUUCUCCUGGAGCUAAGCUUUACCCUGCUGCAGUAGAUACCAUUGUUGCAAUCAUGGCAGAAGGAAAACAGCAUGCUUUAUGUGUUGGAGUUAUGAAGAUGUCUGCAGAAGAUAUUGAGAAAGUCAACAAAGGAAUUGGCAUUGAAAAUAUCCAUUAUUUAAAUGAUGGGCUGUGGCAUAUGAAGACAUAUAAAUAAGCCUCAGAAGGAAGGCACUUUGGCUAAAUAUGGAUAUUGUGCAGUAUCUGUGUUUGUGUCUGUGUGAUGAAUUCAAUGAAUAGCAUGAAUCAAACACCUCUGAUUGUGAUUAAUAAAUUCUACAGAUUCUAAAA